GCAGCAGACUUGAACCAUUAACUGGACUCUACCCUCUUUCUCUCGCUAGUCAUUUUAAGAUAAAGAGAAAGGAGAGAGAAAGAGUAAUCAUUGCAGAGAGUUUCUUCUCUUCAAAAAAAGAAAAAAGGAAACUAAAGAGCAGAGCAAGUUUUUAUUUGACAGCUCAAUCCACCUUUCAAAAGAGAGAAAAGGGUCUUCAAAAUCGAGCUAACCUAUUACUGGACAAAAAAGGAGAUCUCUGUGAUUUCUCUUUGGUUUUGUUUAUAUUCAACGCCAAGAAAUUCCCACCAUUCUGAUUCUUCCAUUCAAAGUUAUCUCUUUCUCCUGUUGUUCAACUUUUUCUAUGCUCCCUUUUGUAUUUCAUUUUCUUUUUGGGUCUUGUAUGCUGGGUUUUUGUUCCUUUCUGUUUUCAUUUUCGGUGAUUCUGAUACUGUUUCGUGUUUCUGGGUUUUGGGUACUUUUUAAUUUCUAAUGGGGUUGGCUUGAAAAUUUUAAUUUUUGACGUUGAGGGUCUAGGUUUGGUGGUUAGUGAGAAAAAGAUGAUGGAAUGGAAGAGAAAUCCGGGAUUUGUUUUCCUCAUGUGAUUCACUUGUGUGGGAACUGGAUAGUAAUGUGACGUCUUUGAGUUUCUGGCUCAUUUUCCAUCGGAAACAAAAAGAAAAUUUGACAGCAAAGCUGAUGUUAGCUAAGCUUGUUAAUUGAGAGGAAAUUCUUGGCUUAUGCUUUUUACCAUUGACAACCAGUCAAAGAUAUUAAUUAUUGAACUUAUAGCUUCCUUUCUUUCUUAAUUUGUCUUAAGUAGUCAAAGAGUUUUAUUGUUGAACUUAUAGCUACUGUUCUCUCUUAAUUUGUCAUUUAUAGAUUGGCCAUGUUCAGCAUGUAAUUAAGUUAGAGUUAGAUUAGCUGCUAAGUGGGAUAAAUCUUCUAUGGAGAAAGUCUGCUUUGAUUUACUAGAAUAUAAACAAUAGAUUAGUUCAUUUCCUAUUGGCAUUUGGUAAAAUCGGAUUAUUUGUCGUGUUAUCAAAAUCUGUAUUUUAGCCUUCGAAUACUAACUGCCCUAUUAAUUUUUGAUUAAGGGUUUUUUGUUGACUCAUGCAAUCAGUUUGGAGGCCUUUCUGCACUGCAAUAUGAAUAAUAUAUUGAAUAAUUUCCUCUUUGUUUAAGCUUUUGGGAAGGUUCAACUCUGUUAUUUUACUUGAUUUGGUCUGUGUAAAUGGAGUUUUGCAGAAACUUCCUUUACCUACCUUAGUUGGCAUAAAAAAGAUGAUGAUAUACAGAAUAGACAUGUUGUAAAACCAAAAUUUAGUAUGUUACAUGUGAAUGUUCUCGAUAAGCUGUUCUUACUUGUUGAGUACUUCUGCAUUGAGGUGCCAUAUAUAAGCAUGCAAAUAUAAUUUUGCUAAAAAGAAGUAGAUGAAUCUCUUAGUAGCUUUUCAAUAAAUAUGUUAAUCUCAUUUCAUAUGCCAUUUUACUGCUGUCAGCCUUGGUUGUGUUUCUAUGUUUAAGAUAGAUAAUCGAUUGAGGGAUCUCAUUGCAGAAGUGGAACUUAGUCAUGUGGUUUCUUGGAAAUCAUGUGUUUCUGUCUGUUGAUUACAUAAGUUGAUGUCAUUGGAGAUGGCUCCUCUUCUUGCUGUUUUGAUAUGGAGCUGCUUCUACUCCUAUGUAUUGGCUGAUUCACAAGGGGAAGCACUAACUGCAUUAAAGAAUUCUCUACAUGCUUCGGGCAGUCAACUGUCCGACUGGAAUCCAAAUCAAGUUAAUCCAUGCACUUGGUCGAAUGUCAUCUGUGAUCCCAGUUACAAUGUCAUUUCAGUAACAUUGUCGUCCAUGAACUUUUCUGGAACCUUGUCACCUAAAAUCGGAAUUCUGAAGACACUCACAACACUCACAUUGAAAGGCAAUGGUAUUACUGGUGAGAUACCCCCAGAAUUUGGAAAUUUGACUGCUUUAACCAGUUUGGAUUUAGAAAAUAAUCGUUUAAGUGGUGAAAUACCAUUUGCCCUUGGUAAUCUCCAAAAGCUUCAAUUCUUGACUUUGAGUCAGAACAAUCUUAGUGGGACCAUUCCUGAAUCACUUUCGAAACUUCCAAACUUGAUCAAUCUCCAGCUUGAUUCAAAUGGUCUCAGUGGUGAGAUUCCUGAGCAUUUAUUCCAAAUUCCAAAAUACAAUCUUACCGGAAACAAACUGAACUGUGGUAGAAGUUCUAGUCAUCGUUGUGAAUCUGAGGGUAAUGAUUCAGGUGAUUCACAGAAGCCUAAGAUUGGAACUAUAGUUGGCAUUGUGGGAGGGCUUGCAAUUCUUUUUUUUGGAGGCUUGUUAUUUUUUCUCUGCAAGAGUAGACAUAAAGGCUACAAACGUGAAGUAUUUGUAGAUGUUGCAGGUGAGGUUGACCGAAGAAUUGCAUUUGGUCAGUUGAAAAGAUUUGCAUGGAGGGAACUACAACUGGCUACAGAUAACUUCAGCGAAAAGAAUGUUCUUGGACAGGGAGGAUUUGGAAAGGUCUAUAAAGGAGUGCUUUCUGAUAACACGAAAGUUGCUGUAAAGCGAUUAACUGAUUUUGAAAGUCCUGGUGGAGAUGCUGCUUUUCAACGCGAAGUUGAGAUGAUAAGUGUAGCUGUUCAUAAGAACUUAUUACGGUUGAUUGGCUUUUGUACAACACCAACCGAACGCCUUUUGGUGUAUCCUUUUAUGCAGAAUCUAAGUGUGGCAUAUCGUCUACGAGAAAUUAAACCUGGUGAACCAGUUUUAGAUUGGCCUACAAGGAAGCGAGUAGCCUUAGGUGCAGCACGUGGCCUAGAAUAUCUUCACGAACAUUGCAAUCCUAAGAUUAUACAUCGAGACGUAAAGGCUGCUAAUGUUUUAUUGGAUGAAGAUUUUGAAGCUGUUGUUGGUGACUUUGGCCUGGCAAAAUUGGUGGAUGUCAGGAAGACUAAUGUCACAACGCAGGUUCGUGGAACAAUGGGCCACAUAGCCCCUGAAUAUUUGUCCACUGGGAAGUCGUCUGAGAGAACAGAUGUUUUUGGUUAUGGAAUUAUGCUUCUUGAGCUUGUAACAGGUCAGCGUGCAAUUGAUUUUUCACGUUUGGAAGAAGAAGAUGAUGUGCUAUUGCUUGACCACGUCAAGAAACUUGAAAGAGAAAAAAGACUAGAUGCAAUUGUGGAUAAAAAUCUUAAUAGAAACUACAACAUCCAAGAAGUGGAGACAAUGAUACAAGUUGCGUUGCUUUGCACGCAAGCAUCUCCUGAGGAUCGUCCCGCAAUGUCAGAGGUGGUACGGAUGCUUGAAGGUGAGGGCCUGGCUGAGAGGUGGGAAGAAUGGCAGCAUGUUGAAGUUACUCGUAGACAAGAGUAUGAGAGGUUACAGAGAAGAUUCGACUGGGGAGAAGACUCGGUAUAUAACCAGGAUGCAAUCGAAUUAUCUGGUGGAAGAUGAGGUAACAUCCUCCUAAUACAUGAAACCACAAGAUUCUCUAUUGCCUGUUGUAAGUUUAGCUCCAUAUUUCAGCGAGCUCAAAAAUUUAAAGACGAAUUUCUUGUGGAAUCAUUGAAGGGUAAAAAUUGCCUUUGCCUUUUCAUAUAUAAUACUUUUGGGAAAAGUUUUCUUUUUGGCA